AUGACUCAUCUGCCGUUCUCUAACACCGUUCAUCAAAUUGAUGCCAUUGUUUCUCGAAAAUUAGUACUUCUCAUUAUUAUAUUCUGCUCUACUCAGGAUAUUAAAUGUAAAUGAGUUUAUUUCUUUCUCCUGCACUAGUUUCAAACUAUGGACCGACCAGUCACAAAUGGCAGGCCUCGCUAAUGUCUAGAGCUUGGUCACACUGUACAAGGCACUGAUAUUGUCGUGUAGCAAUUUUUUUUAAUAAAAGAAAUUUAAGGAAAGAUCCGUUGACAGAUGGCCAGUCGUGGUUGUGGCUCUACCAUUAUCCACGGCAAUGUGACAGCCACGAUGGUGACAGUUGAGUCCAUCUCUAAUGUGCUGACCACCGUGACUUCCCUGCAUUCGAACAGCGUUAACAUCUCUAAUAAUAUAUCCGCCGUAACGGGAGUGGACAUCCAGGAUGUGGGCGCCGGGACUGAAGGAGAUACCACCAAGCCGAUGUAUCCGCGUCUGUUCAACAAAAUCGUGCUGACGUUGGAGAACAGCCUGAUACCCGAAAGCAAGAUUGAUGUAACGCCGUCCAGCCAGGACGGGCUGGACCACGAGACGGAAAAGGAUCUACGCAUACUGGGCUGCGAGCUGAUACAGACGGCUGGAAUCCUAUUGCGCCUACCACAGGUGGCAAUGGCCACCGGUCAGGUGCUCUUCCAGCGCUUUUUUUACUCCAAGAGCUUCGUGCGCCACAACAUGGAGACGGUGGCCAUGAGCUGUGUGUGCCUUGCUUCCAAGAUCGAGGAGGCGCCCCGCCGAAUCCGCGACGUCAUCAACGUGAUCCACCAUAUCAAGCAAGUGCGGGCCCAAAAGGAGAUCGCGCCUAUGGUAUUGGACCAGUACUACACAAACCUUAAGAUGCAGGUGAUUAAGGCCGAGCGACGGGUGCUCAAGGAACUGGGCUUCUGCGUCCAUGUAAAGCAUCCCCACAAGCUGGUCGUAAUGUACCUGCAGGUGCUGCAGUACGAGAAGCACGAGAAGCUUAUGCAGCUCUCGUGGAACUUUAUGAACGACUCAUUGCGCACGGACGUCUUCAUGCGCUACACCCCGGAGGCGAUAGCCUGCGCCUGCAUUUACCUGAGCACUCGGAAGCUUAAUAUACCGCUUCCCAGCAAUCCGCCUUGGUUCGGUAUCUUCCGCGUGCCCAUGGCCGAUAUAACCGACAUCUGUUACCGAGUCAUGGAGCUGUACACGCGGCCCAAGCCCGUCGUAGAGAAGUUGGAGGCGGCCGUCGACGAGCUGAAAAAGCGUUAUCUGGACGCCCGCACUAAGACGAAGGAGGCCAACACACCGCCAGCCGUUAUCACGGUGGACCGCAACAACGGCUCGCACAAUGCCUGGGGCGGAUUUAUCCAGCGAGCCGUCCCACUGCCACUGCCCUCUGAGAAGUCGCCCGAGAAGGAUUCCCGGUCACGAUCACGCUCCCGGACCCGCACUCAGUCACGUACCCCUCGCUCCAGAUCGCGCUCCCGCUCGCCAAGCCGAGAACGCACGAAGAAGUCCCACCGUGGGCGCUCCCCGAGAACGCGCUCAGGCACGCCGCCCAAGCACAAAAAGAAGUCUCGACACUACUCGCGAUCCGCCACGCGCUCCAGCUCCCCCCACAGCAAGCACCGCAAAAGGAAAUCGUCGCGAGAGAGAUCCGACUACUAUACGAAAAAGGAUCGCUCAUGCCAUGCCGGCAGCAACAAUAUAGGCGAUGAUAAAUAUCGCAAUUCCAACUCUAGCUCUGGAAAGCACAGUCGCUAUUCCUCAUCGCAUCGCAGCAGUGUCGGGGGCGGUGGUGGUGGCGACCCCCGUCAUGGCAGUCGUGCCGGUCACAAGCAUAGGGAUGAACGAUCCAGGGACCGAAAACGCUAGGAAUUGACUAUAAUCUUUUUUAUUUUUGCAUUAUAUAUUUAUACAAGUUCAUAGAGAAUGGUUUUUAUUUUACAGCUCGCAUCAACCUAUUUCGCAAAAUGUAACUUUCAAGUGGGAGAAACGACCAUGCUAAACAUAAUAAACAUAAUUCCUCAA